AUGAGUAUUUAUCUGUGCUUCCGAAAAGUGACGCAGGUUUACUUCACCAUAAUGAGCAAUUUCAAGACCCUAAAUAGACAAUUCAUAUCCAACUUUAAAACGACGAAGUAUGUGACAGACGCAAAAAGAAAUCUCAUAUUGUCGAUUCUCAAAUCCACGACUACUAAGCGGGAAGCGAAGAACUACCUUUACAAGUAUCAAAAUCAAUUUGAUUUCAGUGAUAUAUCAUUCGAAAACACGACAGUAGCCCCAAAACUUGAAAAACGAGACCACCAAAGAGAGUUGUUUAUCAACAGAUUCUUAAGAGGGCAGGACCCUUUUUUAAAUGUCUACGAUGAAGAGGAAACCAAGUUGCGCAAGAUCCCCUUGCGAGUAGCAUUAUUCAAAAUAUGUGUCAUGGAUGGCUCAAUUGAGUUAUGGGAAGGAAUAACAGAGACGUUCCGAAGAUUGGUUCACUUGGGUAUUUCACCUAUCAUUGUGUUAGACAACGCAUCUGUUGAGACAACUAACUUCAAGGCAAGAACCUCCCAUGCCAUGCACCAGGCAUACAAGUUGAACCAAUACUUAGCUAAGAAGGCCGAAGAGGAAACUUCAACUAUAAAAUCAUCCAUUGUUCGCUCUCCAUUUAUAAGGAAGGGCGAACAGCUCACGAUAUCGAGUUUAGAGCAAAUUCUCAUUCCUCUUUAUCAAGGAAUCAUACCAAUUUUACAGCCUAUUGAGUAUACGUCGGCAACGGGGGUGCAGAAGUUUGUGGAUGCGAAUGAAGCACUUUAUACGAUCUGCUUGGAUCUAUUGAACCACUCAAGCUUGCUUACUUUAGAGAAAGUGGUGAUUGCUGAUAAGCUCGGCGGAAUUCCAUCCAUCGAGAGAAACCAGACUAGUCAUGUAUUCAUCAACUUGUCACAAGAAUUAUCUGAUAUUAUUUCAGAAAUGUAUAUCGGCUUUCUUGAAACUGAGGUGAGAGACCAACACUUGAAAAAUUUGCAUAUCAUGAACGAUAUUCUAGAGCUCUCUGCACAGAAAUCGGGAAAUAAUGAUACAACAGGAAUAAUAACUACACCUGAGGUGAUUGCAUUAAACAACGAUAGCUUGAACCCCGUUAUUUAUAACGUUUUGACUGAUCGACCAAUAAUAUCCUCGUCAUUACCCUCUUCACUCGAAAGAACCCCCCAGGUUUCGACCUCAAUUUUAAAGAAAGGAUUCGAAGUCACUGUCCUCGAUCAAUUCUCGUACGACAAUCACUUUACUUUCCUGAACCUAGUCCGUGAUGGUCUAGUUGAUGAAGACAAGCUUUUUAAUUUGAUAAGUGAUUCCUUCAGAAGGCCAUUGGACAAGGAAAAGUAUAGGAGCAGGAUUCAAAACUCCAUAGCAUCAAUAAUCAUAGUAGGUGAUUAUGAUGGUGCAGCAAUUGUUACGUGGGAGGAGCUUGCAGAUGGACAAAGAGUUGCAUACUUGGACAAAUUUGCCAUUUCAGUAGCUAAUCAGGGAUUACCUAGCUUGGCAGACAUAAUCUUCAAGCUAGUCUCUCAGUCACAUCAAGGCGAAUUAAUUUGGAGAUCAAGAGCGAAUAAUCCUGUGAACAAGUGGUAUUUCGAAAGAUGUCGUGGCUCACUAGGUCUCCAGGACUCUCCUUGGAAAUUAUUUUACACGGGUGACAUUUUCAAGAAUAGAUUGGGAGCUCGUCUUGAUUCAUCGAAACAUGAUUCGAUUGAUAUAACAAGCAAGCUUCGGAUGUACUCGGAUCUCAUAGAGUCUAUAGAGCCUUCAUUUAACUAG